UAAUGGAGCAGAUUUCAUCGAAAGUAAACAAUGACAGGACUGUGCGCUUCAAUAUCAUAAGAAGAAGUGUGUGGGAUGGAGCAUCCAGAGCCAUGGGUAGAUCCAAUUUUUCACCUGAGAAGCAAGUAGAUGUCAAGUUUACAGAUGACUAUGGAAUAUCAGAGGGUGCCGUGGACAAUGGGGGACCUACUCGGGAGUUUUUCCGACUCUGUCUUCAUGACAUCAAAGACAAAAUUGGCAUCUUUGAGGGUCCACGUAAUGCCAAAGUCCUCACGUGCAACUCCAAAGCGAUGAAGGACAAUGGAUACAUGUAUGCUGGCCAGAUUAUGGCAAUGUCAAUUGCCCAUGGGGGACAGAGUCCAUGUUUCCUGUCUGAACUGUUGUAUGAGUCUCUCCAAAAAGGUCCUGACAAUGUAAAGGUCAAAGCUGAACAUAUUGCUGAUGAGGAAACAAGGUCACUUGUGCAGUCGAUUUUACAAGCUGAGACUGAAUCACAACUGCAGGAUGCAGUUGCACAGGCAGCCAGCUUGAUCAGUCUUGCUGGUCACAAUGUUCACAUAACAUUGCAAAACAAAGAAGAGACUGCUUUGGACUUGGCUCACUGGUAUGUCCUCCAGCGGACCCGUGCACCUUUUGAAAGGUUCAGGGAUGGUUUAAAGUCUCUAGGUGUCCUAGAUGCUCUCCAGAGAUACCCUCUACAGGUGAAAUGACUUUUCGUGAAGGCUGAAAAGAGUUUAACAGCAGCUGAUGUCGAGGAUCUCUUCCUGAUCAUUCACUCUGAAAGAGGGAGUAAUGCAUUCCAAGGAGAGUGCCGUACACUGGCUUUCUGGCAAGACUACCUUCAGGAUGCUGAAUUUGAAAACGAUGUAUCUCUGGGGGAUAUUCUUGUUUUCUUCACUGGAUGUGACAGUAUUCCAGCACUGGGCUUCUCUCCAAAGCCAAGCAUUGAGUUCAUCACCCAUUCCCGAUUUCCACUGGCGAAUACUUGUGAAAACAUUCUUCGCAUUCCAGUUCAUGCAGUAUACACUGCUUUCAAAUCUGAUAUGGAUUUUGCCAUACGCAAUUCACCAGGGUUCGGAAGAUUGUGAGAGGUAAUAUUAUAGAGGGCUUGAGUUAUGAUGAGGAUGUUUGUUUGUUUUUCAAAAAUAAUUGCUGCUAUUUUAUUUUGUUCUUCCUAGAGACAGUAUUUACUUGAAUAAAGGCAUGAAGAAAUAUAAGUAGAAAUAUUCUUUCUUACUUUCGAAGAUAUAUUUCAAGCCAUGGUUUUGUGUUUCAGAUUUAAUAAUGUGCACUUGGUGAACUUUUAAGUUGAUAAAUGUGAGGCACUUCUUUUUGUAUUGUAGUCAACCAGUCCUCCAACCUGAACAACUGUACAAUGUAUGUCAUUUAUCUCCGUCUGAUAUGACCCAGAGCAGCAAUUGAGUGAUUACCACAAAUUAUUCCCUCUAAAUGUUAUGGUAAG